CCCCCCCGUCCCUGUCCCCUGUCCCUGUCCCCGCCCCCCCCCCCCCCCAAGUCUUUGUCUGCCAGGUAACACCGAGCAUAAAGACCCAUUGUUGUUGCGAGGUUUAUAAAUGGAUCGCAGCCUCCGAUCCGGCUCAUCUUCUCACCGAUCCUUCGCUACUCGGACGCUGCGCUACUCGGACGGAGCGAUGUUGUCCAGGCUGCUGGGACUCCUCGUCCUGUCCCCCCUCUGCUCCGCCAUGCUGCUUCCAACCAACACCAACACCUCCACCAGGGUCUCCAGGGAGAAGGACCCCAACACCCACCUGUGGAACCGCAGCUUAGAAGACAAGGAGUCCUCUGGUUCGAGUGAGUCGUCUGAGGAGAUGGGUGCCCCGUGGUUGCCUGCCACCCGCAGCAUUCAGAUGCCGAUGCCGAUGCCCCCCGGGCAACCUUGGCCACCCGGUGGCAACAUGACUGACCUGCGGGCAUUAGGCCCCAUUGACCCGUUGAUGCCCCCCAUGCCUAACAUGGCAAUCUGCGACAUGCUGAUGAACCAACCGGUUCCGCCGCCCAUCGACCAGAUCCCUUUAUUCUGCAUCUGUUCCUUCUGUAAGGGCACCGGGGGCCCCAAAGGAGACAGCGGAGACCGGGGUCCUCCAGGUUUUCCUGGGAGUCCUGGGCCAAGAGGGAUGACGGGGUUCCAGGGUCGACCGGGAUUCACAGGCCGUCAGGGGAUAAAGGGUGAGAAGGGGGACAUGGGGCAGAUGGGGCAGACGGGCCCUCAGGGCUUCACCGGGACAAAGGGCGAGCGAGGCUUCAAAGGAGAAAAAGGGGACCAAGGAUCGGAAGGCCCCCCAGGCUCACAAGGCCCCCAGGGAGAAACCGGCACAUGCCCUGCCACCUGCCAGAGUGUCCAGGGUCCACCAGGUCUACAAGGCGUACCUGGACCGGCCGGAGCCCGUGGCCUGCCUGGGGUCCAGGGGCCUAUGGGACUCAAAGGUCUUAUGGGCGAUAAGGGUGACAUGGGUAAACCCGGUGAACCCGGCAAAAACGGAACAAAGGGUGAUCAAGGUGAGAGAGGGUUGUGUAUGUGCAAAGAUGGGGUGAACGGCACUAAUGGGAGUCCAGGAACAAGCGGGACAAAGGGGGACAAAGGGGACACCGGUGCAAUGGGUAUCCAGGGUCCCGUUGGACCCAAAGGCAACGAAGGCAACAUGGGGAUGAUGGGGCCACCUGGGCCCUGCUCCCCGGCCAUCCAAUCCGCAUUCUCCGCAGCUGUCAACGAGUCGUUUCCCGCUCCAGACUGGCCGGUUCCCUUCCCCGUCGUCAUCACCAACCAGCAGGGGCACUUCAACCCGAUCAUGGGCAUGUACAUGGCCCCCGUCAACGGCACCUACGUCUUCACCUUUAACCUGGCAGUUUCCACCAAGCCCCUCACGGUGGGCCUGUUCGUCAACUUCAACCCUGUAGUCAAAAACACAGAAGCGUACAGCCGCUCCAGCACCAGCCAGACCAUCGUCCUGACCCUGACAGCGUUUGACCGGGUGUGGCUGCAGGUGAAGAACGACCUCACCAACGGCCUUUACACCGACAGCGGCAGCAGCAGCACCUUCUCCGGGUACCUGCUGCGCCCCGACUUCUGUGACAUGCCCUUUGGCCGGUUGUUCAUGCCCGAGCCUCAAUAUAAACCGGGCGACUUCACCUGGGAGGAUCCUACACAAUCCACCACCGCCCCCCCACAGCAGUAGGCUCUAGUCAGUCAGUCAGUCGCAGUUAGAGACCAAGAGUCCACACACACCCAAUCAGACACUCAGUGUGUUUAUAACUGCAAGAUUUAAAGGAGGGGUACUCCGUCACAUAGAACAUUUCAAUGAUAUAUUAACCAUUGACUCCCUUUCAUUUGUGGACUGUUGUGGUCGUUGGUGGUUGAGUGUUUAAGGAGGUAAAAGGUCAACGAGAGCGCUGUUAUCACACUGCAAAAACACCAACAUAAUCCCCAAAGUUUCCCCUAACUCUUCCAUGAGUUUGGCGUUUGUGGUUUGCAUGGAUGUCCAUGAAAUAUGGUUCAGACAGUCAUGUUCCUGUCAGGAUUAAUCGUAAUAACUUCAUCGGAUCAGGUAUUUUUUGCGUGCAGUGUGUGUUGAAAAACUCAAAACAGCCCGUUGUGUUAACAUCUUAGAGAAAGUAUGAGAUAUUUAAAGAAAUUAGCGAGAACUGUGACACAGGAAAAUACCCCUCCUUUAAAUGUUGAGAUGAAUUUACUCUUUUGAUUCAGCAUUUACAGAAAUAUGAACAUGCGCGUAGCCUUACAUGUGCCAGCUUGAUAAAUGCAUUAAAUCAUGAACUUACUUCAAUAAAUGCCCGACCGCUGAGCUGGUCGUCUGUAGUGGUUUUUACCUGCUCGAAUGAUAAAAUGACUUCUUCAGAGUAUACGUGUAUUUUUAAGUAAGCUUACUGCAGGUUAGUUUUAGAGCCUUAAUACAUUUUGCCUUUCCGACUGUUUAUGAUGCACAAAGUUUGAUGCCUGAGAAAGAAAUUAACCCUCGUGUUGUCUUCCCGUCAAAAUUGAAAAUCAACACUUUCAUUGAUGCUUUUUAUCAACGUUUGUCACUUUGUUUGUUUUCAACACUUCGUAACACAACCUUAUUAACUUUAGAUUUGUACUUGGCAAAGAGCGUUGGAAUCAAUCAUGUUAUUUUGGGGAAUUAAAAAGAACAUUGAUAAAGGACAACAUGAGGACAACAUGAGGACAACAUGAGGACAACAUGGGGACGACAUGAGGGCAACAUGAGGACAACAUGAGGGUGACAUGAGGACAACAUGGGGACAACAUGAGGGCGACAUGGGGACAACAUUAAGACAACAUGAAGACAACAUAAGGGCAAC